AUGGAUUAUAUGCUACACAUGGAAACAAUCAAAGUUCUCAGAAAACAAGAGCUUCGUUCGUUCGUGGUUGGUUGCGAGGAGAAUACUAAUCAGUAUACCGAAAAGAAUGAAAUCGAUAUCAUCAGUGUUUUGAGAAAAGGGUUAAACAACCGCUCCCAGCAAAAACUUCUUCAUCUUGGACUUAACGGACAACUUAUAUUGCGCCGUGACUGGAUUAACAAGCUUAAUAAUAUGCUUCCUUCACUACGAAGCUUUGAUAUGAGUAACAGUCAACUCGACGCCAAAGACUUCUUCAGAUUGUGCAAGAACUUCCCAAAUCUCGAGUUCUUGGACAUUAGGGAGACUGGAUUAUCAACUAUAUCAGGACUAAAUCGCUUACAAAACUUGCAAAUUUUGAAAAUGCAAAAUAUGGAGUUCCAUAAUCAUUUCGAUAUCAUUGAUCUUUUUGGUUUAACUAAAUUGAAAAUUUUGGAUGUGUCCUGCAAUAGAUACCUUAAAAAACGCAAUAUUAUCAAACUUUACAUAGAAUGUGACAUGGUGCUUCCGGAAUUGCAGCUUUUGGAUUGCAGCAUGACAGAUUUUGUUUAUUUCAUAUUUGAAGUAUUUCAGAAUUUCAGUUUUUGA